CCGUUUUUAGCCCGGCUAAAAACGAUAAACUAGUCUAAAAAUACACCAAAAUAUAAACACGGGGAUUUUGACGUGGAAACCCAAAUCGGGAGAAAACCACGGGCCUUUUUUGGCGGUACCUUGCCAACGGGAGAUUUUUAUUAAUAUCGGGGGUGUAUACACGGUACAAGAAUCGGGCUUGGAAGCCAUUAAUGAUGGAGCUACAAGCUCUUUAAGAAGAAAAUAUAUAAAACUCUAGAGAGAGAAAGUAUAAUGGGCAGGGAAGAGAGUGAGUUUGGUCUCCUCCAACAAUUAGGGCAACCCUCCCUUUUAUAGGAGAGGGUGAGAGCAUCUACGGAGGAAUAUUCUCUUAUUCCUCUAUUUUAUUAAACAGGCCCGGUUUAACUGUUCUUCGCAAAUAAUUGGGAAAUGUGGGUCGAGCCACGUAUUAUUUCCCAUCAAGAAGCCCUCCACUUUUUUGAGUUGUGAGAAUCAUCAACUUAAAAAAGUAAACAAGUCCUCCGAGUGUGAUCUUCAGUCUUCGUACCUUGAAUUCUUGACUGGUAGAUAUUAUUGCUAGCCCUCCGAGUCUUCAUUAAUUCUCUAAUUUCUUGAAUCAUAAGUUUUUUCCUGCAAAAAAUAAUUUGUAAAACAUUUUUUUUUUGACCGGCCUAUGCCGUGCUCAAAAAAUUAUUAUUUUUACCGAGGAGCUCAGUGUUAGAUGAUUAAGAUUCGCGCGAAUAAUUAUCGUAAUGAGAGCGAUGUCAGUUCAAUAAAGCAACGAUGCUUCGAGUAGUUAUACGACACCGGAGUUAGUACGAUGAAGCGGCGGUGCUUCAAGUAGUUAUUUCGUCGAAACCGAUGUUAGUACGGAUUAAGUAAAUAAUACAUAACGAAAUUAGUAUAUCGAAGUAAUCGAUGUUACUUAAUACGUAUUAAGUAUGUUGCAGCAACUUUGUCGAAGAUCGAUAUUAGCCCGGCUAACUGAUGCAAAUAUCCUCAUGUCAUGUAGAGAUCACUUCCAGAGUGCAUUGUUCAAAGGGCCUGAAGAAUCGGGCGUCCCCGAUAAGGGCUCAGCUGAGCCACCGGUGUACCCAAUUCGAUUGGGGUCAGACUUACGAGAAAAUAUGUGCAAGACCGGUGUGUAUAUUAUUCUUGGCCUGUCUCGCGCACAAGAGUGAUAUUUACCAGCGUGCCAGGCCGGGCCUGUGUCACAUAUUUUAAUAUUUUUUAUUAUACUGAGCAAGACCGGUGUAGUAACCAGCGUGCCAGGCCGGGCCUGUGUCUCAGUCUUCCCCUUUUUUUUUAAUACUGAGCAAGACCGGUGUUGUAACCAGCGUACCAAGCUCGGCUUGUGUCUCAGUCUUCCUUCCUUUCUUUGCAAAGUAUUGAGCAAGACCGGUAUAGUAACCAGCGUGCCAGGCCAGGCCUGUGUCUCAGUCUUCCGUUGAAAACUUGGUCCCACCAAGCCUUAAAUCAUUCUUGCCAAAUGGGUUAUCCACCCACCCUUCCUCACGUUCUGCAUGUGGUGAUGUAUCACCAAAUCUCACUAAUUAUUUAAGGGGGGGCACAAACUUGGACAAGCACUUUUGUUAUACUCCACUUCUUCAUGUGAUACCUCUUGGUGCAGGAAUAAUUGCACUUUGUAUCUAUGUGGUGAGCAAUUUAGCUCACUGGUUGUGAUUCCUGCGGAGCGUCCUUUUCGUCCUUCACUAGACCCACAUAAAUUGUUUGCCUUACUUUGUUGUCAUCCUCUUCCAUCUCAAACAUUGGAUUCCUCAUUUCUAUCCUCACUUUUAUUUUAUGUAUCUCACGGUUGGAAAGAACAUAGAACAUGGAAAGUUCUGACCCAUCUCUUCAAUAGCGUGAAAGGACGGUGAAUGGAGUACAACAUCCUUCGGUGGGAGUGUGAGACUUUCGGAGCAGUUACUCAACCCCCGCCCGAUUUUGCCGGAAAGCAAAGUAUAGUAGAUAGACAGUACUUGUAGCUUGUGCAGGCGGUGCAGCUUACUAAAUGAAGCAGGUAGUGAUCCCGUGAGACUAUUCGAGCUCAAAUUGACGAGAGCAAGCUCCGAAUUGUCCCCAAUCCGAGUCGAAAUAGUCCCCUUGAUGUUCAUCAAAGAAAUAACGAGCUUCUUCAGAUCUGCAAAAGAUGAGAGCCUUUUUGGCUUUUGGAGCUCAACCUCAACGGCUUCUAUGCUAAUCUCGGAGAAAAAUUAAAUCCACAAGUUGAAGGUGAUGAAAUCCCACCGUCGCCUCGUCAGUGGUUGUGUUGACGCAUGCGGUCGGAGAGGAGAGUGAAAAUGAGGUAGAGAAGUGGCGGCGGCGGAUCCAAGCAGCGGCGGCAGCAGAUCUGGGCAUCGGCGGCGGCAGGUCUGAGAAUCAGCAGUGGCAGGUCUGAGCAUCGGCGGCGACAGGUCUGCGCAUCGGCGGCGGCGGAUCUGAGCAUUAUCAUUGGUGGCGGAUCUGAGCAGCGGCAGCGACGGCGGAUUUGAGCAGCGGUGGCAGCAAUCAACUUCCUCUAUUUGAUAAUGACUUUGGAUUUUAACCGCGACUAUCCUCAUCGGAGGUUGUGAGGGUAGAUUGCAGCAGCGGUGGCUCCCGUCCCUGUGGCAAAAUGGUGGCUUUGAGAGAUCAAGGACAUCUAUCACCAUAGAAUCGUGGUGGUGCUCCUCUGGCCAUUCUUCCUAUUUUCUUCAAGAUCUCUCCUUCUUCUUGUUUUUUUGCAAAAUUCAAGAAAAGCUUCAUACUCUCCUCCUUUUUUUUGUUUCUCACACUUUCGGCUGUGCAAGAUGGCCGAACAAAGAUGAAGCUUUUUGUUCGGGUCCCACGGUCGGCGCCAAAAUGAUGGUGUAAAUUAUCGACCGGUAUACCGUUUUUAGCCCGGCUAAAAACGAUAAACUAGUCUAAAAAUACACCAAAAUAUAAACACGGGGAUUUUGACGUGGAAACCCAAAUCGGGAGAAAACCACGGGCCUUUUUUGGCGGUACCUUGCCAACGAGAGAUUUUUAUUAAUAUCGGGGGUGUAUACACGGUACAAGAAUCGGGCUUGGAAGCCAUUAAUGGUGGAGCUACAAGCUCUUUAAGAAGAAAAUAUAUAAAACUCUAGAGAGAGAAAGUAUAAUGGGCAGGGAAGAGAGUGAGUUUGGCCUCCUCCAACAAUUAGGGCAACCCU